CCCAAUACAUACGUAUUUGUGUUUCGACUAUAUUCGCUUCUUUCCGUGAAUAUUAAAUUUGUUCUCCCCAGUUUAAGUAAUAGAAUGGCAAAUGAAAUAUAAAACGUGUAUGUAAUAGACAUCUAAAUUCCAUUUUCAGAUUCGUAUUCAAGAGCUUUAAUUGAACCUAAGGCCCUAUAAUGUCGCUUUAUCGAUUAUCGGGGAAGGCUGCUAUUGUGACUGGAGGAGGAAGUGGAAUAGGACGCUCAGUUUGCAAAGUAUUUGCCCGAGAAGGUUGCAGCGUUGCGGUUUUGGAUUCAAAUCAAGACGGAAUCGCGGAGACUAUAAAACUUAUGGACAGUAAACAAGACUGCAUACACUGUUCCAUUAAAGCUGAUGUAACCUCAUCUGAUCAAGUUCAAAAAGCCUUCAAGACCGCUGAGGAAGAACUUGGAAAGAAAGUGACUGUGCUUAUUAACUGUGCAGGCAUCGCACAAACCCAACGUUUUCUCAGCGAAACGGAAGAGCAAGUUUUUGAUGAUACCAUUCGAGUUAAUUUGAAAGGUACCUUUAUAAUGUGCAAGCAAUUUAUGAUGUCGUUAGGAAUAUCCAGAGACGACGAGGACACCAGAGGAAUCAUAGUCAAUGUAUCGAGCCGGUAUGGAAUACAAGGAUUCCCAGGAGUGUCGAGUUAUUGUUCUUCUAAAUUUGGGGUAAUUGGAUUAACUAAAACUGCUGCGUUGGAAUAUGCUCAGCAUAAAGUUCGUUGCAAUGCAGUGUUACCUGGUCCUACUAAAACACCGUUACUCGAAACUUUUCCGGAAGACCAUAUUGCUUCUCUUGAAAAAGAUAUUCCCAUGAAAAGAAUAGCAAAGCCCGAAGAAGUAGCAAGCUGUAUUUUAUUUCUGGCAUGUGAAGAAAGUUCGUUCGUAAAUGGGGCAUGCUUGGAAGUCACUGGAGGAUAUGGCCUAUAAGUUAUGGAAAGACGACUAAUACUUCUGUCUACUAAAUUUCACGACUGGAAUCUAAUCAAAUUCAAAAUCAUUGGUAUAUGAAUACUAAAAGUCGCUCGUCAAUUCCACAGCCAUUGAUCAUAUCAUGAUUUCACCUGACCUGGAACAGUACUUCAAUCGCCAACAAAUAUCUUCGAUUUUCAAACCAUCCCAUGUAAUUAAGUGUUUACGUGAUUCUUUUAUCCAUAAAAUAAGAAUUGAAUAAACACUAAAUAAAGUUAAAAUUUGAUCGUUUGCUUAAGGUUUAGAACACCGUUCAUUACACAUUUCGCAAUGGAUAUAUAAAAUAGGCGGAACGGCUGAUGCAGAGAGUCUUGCGGUUGGAGUAGGAUUUUCAUAUUUAUUCAUGGGGAGAGGAAAGCCAAUAAUACUGCUUAAUCAUAUGGUGUACCACAGCCUCUCGUCGAGUUACCGAGUAUGGGAUUAGUUA